ACUGAGGGCUAUCUGGUUCACGCGCACUUGGGAGGGGGCUGAAGGAAUUUUAGGUUUGGAGGAGGGGCGUGAGCGCGCGGGAAAUCGGGCGGGAAGCGAGAGGGGGGAAAAAAAAGGCUUAGGGCGCGAGCCUGUUGGUUCCUGUUCUCAGUCGCGCGGCCCGGGGACCGCUGUUGCGCGAGAGGAAGGCGGGACGCCCAGUUCUGUCCUUUAAGCAUACAACUGGAUUUGGUUUAUUCAUUUUGAGAGUAUCUUUUAACAGGGCCAUUUCUGAACAGUAGAGAUAAUAAUUACUCCACUGAACAAGCUGUUCCAAAUCCUGUCAUCAAAUCCUAUGUUCCUGUUCCAGAUGGUAAUACAUACACAAUAAUUUAUUUUAAAAGAAUGAAUGUAACUAAUAUUGCAUUAAGAGUUGAAACCUGGCUUUUAGCUACGUGGCAUGUUAAAGUACCUCUAACGUGGUUGGAAGCUUGUGUUAACUGGGUUCAAGAGGAAAAUGAUAAUGUUAAUUUGAGUCAAGCACAAAUGAAUAAACAAGUAUUCGAGCAAUGGCUUCUUACUGAUCUGAGAGAUUUGGAACACCCUCUUUUACCUGAUGGCAUUUUGGAAGUUCCAAAAGGAGAACUGACUGGAUUUUUUGCUCUGCAGAUUAAUUCAUUGGUUGAUGUCAGUCAGCCUGCAUAUUCCCAGAUACAGAAGCUGAGAGGAAAGAACACAACGAAUGACCUAAUUACAGCUGAAACACAGGUCACCCCAAAACCUUGGGAAGCAAAGCCUUCACGCAUGUUGAUGCUACAGCUAACUGAUGGAAUUGUACAAAUACAGGGAAUGGAAUAUCAGUCUAUUCCAGUUCUUCAUAGUGAUCUUCCCCCAGGUACAAAAAUUUUGAUUUAUGGAAACAUUUCUUUCCGCCUUGGCGUGCUCUUAUUGAAACCAGAAAAUGUGAAGCUGUUGGGAGGAGAAGUAGAUGCUCUUUUAGAAGAAUAUGCCCAAGAAAAAGUACUUGCAAGAUUAAUUGGGGAACCUGAUCCUAUAGUUUCAGUUAUACCAAAUAAUCCUAACCAAAGCAUCCCAGGAAUUACAGAUGUUCUAGAUCCUGCAUUAGGACCUUCUGAUGAAGAACUCUUGGCAAGUCUUGAUGAAAAUGAGUUUGCAGCAAUUAAUGAUACCUCCUUAGACAGAAGAUUUUUCAGUACAGAUAGUUCUUCAAAUACUAUUACCACAAGGCAGUCAAGCUUUGAAGAACAACGUAUUAUUUCUCCAAAACCAAAAGAGAAACCACCAGAUCCAUCCAUGUGUUUCACUGAUGGGGAAUUAGAUGACUUUUCACUGGAGGAGGCCUUGCUUUUAGAAGAAACUGUCCAGAAAGAACAAAUGGAAACUGAAGAAUUGCAGCCAUUGACUUUGAACAGAACCCCAGAUGAAAGUAUAGAGAUAGUUUCACAAAUGGAAACUGAAGAAUUGCAGCCAUUGACUUUGAACAGAACCCCAGAUGAGAGUACAAUAGAAAGAGUCUCACAUAAACCUAAUACUCUGGGUAAUUUUUCUUUGACUUGCAAAAGCAGAAAUAAUAAUUGGAACAAAAAAAAUUUAUCUGAACAAAUGAUUAAUGAAGGCAAAUCUUUUUGUAGUCCAUCUGCUGGAGACCAAAACAGUAGUGUUUUUUCAGUUCAUAAUAAUGUACCCCUUCCCCAUGAUUUUACAAAUAAAGACUCAGAGACAGACAAUAAAAUAAAACAAACCUUCAGCAGUAUAGAUGGACAUUCCUUAAAUAAUAAAAUAUCAAUAUCAAAUGGAGAGCUGGUAAAUUAUGUACCAAAAAGCAGUUCACACAUUUCUAAUGAAAAUGAUCACCAUUUACAGACUUGUUCAAGAUCAUCAGAGUACAGCACUCCUCUUUCUAGUGCCAUGGAUUUAUAUUCUCCACCCUUUAUCUAUUUGUCUAUUCUAAUGGCCAGCAGACCAAAGAAAAUUACAACAGUGAAGGUCAAAGCAUUUAUUGUAACCUUAACUGGAAAUCUUUCAAGUUCUGGUGGCAUUUGGAGUAUAACAGCAAAGAUUUCUGAUGGUACUGCAUAUCUAGAUGUAGACUUUGCAGAUGAAAUACUUACUAGUUUGAUAGGGUUUUCAGUACCAGAAAUGAAACAGUCAAAAAAGGACCCUCUUCAAUACCAAAAGUUCCUGGAUGGUUUGCAGAAGUGUCAGAGAGAUUUAAUAGAUUUGUGCUGUCUAAUGACUAUUUCAUUUAAUCCUUCCUUGUCUAAAGCAAUGGUACUGGCAUUGCAAGAUGUUAAAACAGAACACCUUGAGAACCUAAAGAAACGACUGAAUAAAUGAUUUAGUAAAAUUGUAUUAGAAAACAAUUAAAAACAAAAAUACUUAGAAUUAAACUUGACCUUUUAUGUUUGAAUUUUUUUUGUGAAAGAGGAAAAGGAAAUCAUAACUUAUUUCAGUUUAA